AUGAGGGCCAAGCGUGUGAACGGCUUCAUCUGCCUCUUCGCCAGCGUGCUCUUCACCUUCUCCUGCUUCUGCCUCUACAGGAUGAGCCAGAUUAAUAAUCAGCUCACUAGUUGUAGAAACCAUGUAUUGGAGUUUAGAGAAACUGUGAAAAAUUUGAAAAACAAAGCUGAAAGCAGUCGCCAAGAGCUGAUAGAAGCCUUUAAUCAAAUGAAAAAUGAAUUUAUGAUGACAGACAAAUUCGAAAAUUCAGUUGAAAAUAAAGUGGACACGCUGAAUCAAAAUCAAAAAGUUUCUAAUGCAUUUGAAGACUUAAAGUUCUUUUUCCCUCAUCUGAAAAACGCAGGCAAUAUUUAUCCUAAUGUACUUAUUGGUAAAGGAAGAAAAAAUGUUUCUUUCGCACUGGGCAUUCCCACGAUCAGCAGAGGAAGUUACAGCUACCUGAAGCAAACACUCACCUCGGUUUUGUCCUGGAUGACUCGCUCUGAGGAAGAGGACUCCGUGGUGAUUGUCUCUGUUGCGGAUAGCAAUGAAGAUUAUUUAAAUUAUGUUGUCAGUAUGAUUACAAAAAAAUUCAAGAGGCAGGUGAACUUGGGAUUCUUGGAGGUCAUUUCAAUACCUGCUUUUCUCUAUCCAGACAUGAUACAUGCCUGGCAAUUCACUAAUGGCUCAAAAACGAUUCACAGUUGGCAAAUGAAACAAGUGCUGGACUUCUGUAUUUUGAUGCUGUAUUCCCAACCCAAGGCCACAUACUAUUUACAGCUAGAAGAUGACAUUGUUGCUAAACAGAUGUACUUUACAAAAAUAACAGAUUUUGUACGUAAUAUGACUUUGCAUGACUGGUUUUGCCUUGAAUUUUCAGUGCUUGGGUUCAUAGGAAAAUUAUUUAGGUCAGAGGACUUAACUGAUAUUGUACGAUUCUUUCUAAUGUUCUACAAGGACAAACCCAUUGAUGCGCUCUUAAGUGAAAUCUUUCAUUUAAAGACGUGUGAUACAAUAAAAUAUCAAGUAACGUGUACUCAGCGAAAGAAGCAAAUCUGUGUUCGGCAUAAUCCAUCUCUUUUCCAGCAUGUGGGCAUACAUUCAUCUUUCCUGGGAAAAGAGCAACAUUCCAAAACAGACUCGCACUGCCUGCAGGAGAACUUGGGGGAAAGAAGGAGAAAUUCCUCCCGAGUUGACCCGAGAGGACCGGUCCAAGCUACCAUCGCCAGGCCCCAGGUGCGCUUCUGCACCGGCUCCAGCAGCAGCACCUGCGGCCGUUGA